UCUGUGUACGCUUGCCGUUCCUCAUGAUGACCAAAGCCAAGCCUGCAAUCCCAUCCAUCCCAGUCCAGUAACACCACCACCUUUGACUUUUUUCCAUCUUCUACAUAUUCGCUAGUCAAAAUGAAGGCAUCGACCGUUCUCCUCCUCGCCGGUGCCUCUUUCGCCGUCGCUGCCCCUACCGGCGCGAAGGUCGAGUCAAACGGAGAGGCGAGCAUUUCUUUCCUUGAGUCGGUUCAUUACAAGAAAGAGGCAGCACCCGAAGCUGAGCCCGCCAUCAACUUCCUUGAGUCGGUUCAUUACAAGAAAGAGGCAGCACCCGAAGCUGAGCCCGCCAUCAACUUCCUCGAGUCGGUUCAUUACAAGAAAGAAGCAGCACCUGAAGCUGAGCCCGCCAUCAACUUCCUCGAGUCAGUACACUACAAGAAGGAGGCAGCGCCUGAAGCUGAGCCCGCCAUCAACUUCCUUGAGUCAGUACACUACAAGAAGGAGGCAGCACCUGAAGCUGAGCCCGCCAUCAACUUCCUCGAGUCAGUGCAUUAUAAGAAGGAGGCAGCACCCGAGGCCGAGCCCGCCAUCAACUUCCUUGAGUCGGUUCAUUACUGAGCCCAUGCCUCCCGUAUGUCUGCAGGAGACAACAUUCAGAGAGCUAUUCGACAGGUAGCCUGUGAUUAAUGUUCAAGUUAAUACUGAUGAAUCGAAGGGGCGCUUGGUUUAGUGUUAAAGCAUGAUGAAGACAAAAGUAGACAGAGGGGUACAUAUCUUAAGAAGGAUCGAGAUAUAAGCCCUAGGCAGCGCAGCAGCCAGCUUUAUAAUUCAUCAGACUCUU